CGGAAGGAAGGAAGGGAAGCAGGGAGGCAGGAGGGGCACUGCGCAGCUGCGGUCCGGAGGCGGCGGCAGGAAUGGCGUCCGUGGUGCUGAGCGAGGCGGAGAAGCUCUACAUCGUGCACGGCGUGCAGGAGGAUCUUCGUGUGGAUGGUCGUGGCUGUGAAGACUACAGAUGUGCAGAAGUAGAAACAGAUGUUGUAUCAAACACAAGCGGAUCUGCAAGAGUAAAGCUGGGAGACACUGAUGUCUUGGUAGGCAUAAAAGCUGAAAUGGGGACACCAAAGUUAGAGAAACCCGAUGAAGGAUACCUGGAAUUCUUUGUUGACUGUUCUUCAAGCGCUACUCCUGAAUUGGAAGGCCGGGGAGGAGAAGAACUUGGCACAGAUAUAGCAAAUACACUCUACAGAGUAUUUAGCUGCGAGAACAGCAUAGACUUGAAAUCCCUUUGUAUUAAUCCCAGAGAGCACUGCUGGGUUCUCUAUGUCGAUGUAUUGUUAUUGGAAUGUGGUGGGAACAUCUUUGAUGCAAUCUCUAUCGCAGUGAAGGCAGCUCUCUUUAACACAAGAAUACCCAAAGUGCGUGUUCUGGAGGAUGAAGAAGGCACCAAAGAGAUUGAGCUGUCUGAUGACCCUUAUGAUUGUAUUCGACUUAAUGUAGAGGAAGUGCCCUGUAUUGUCACGCUAAGCAAAAUUGGAUAUAGGCAUGUGGUGGAUGCUACCCUUCAGGAAGAAGCCUGUUCUUUGGCAAGCCUGCUUAUUUCUGUGACCAGUAAAGGUGCCCUCACUUCUAUGAAGAAAGUGGGGAAAGGUAGCCUGGAUCCUGAGAGUAUUUUUGAAAUGAUGGAGGUAAGGAGUUUUGAGCAGUUGACUGUCUUGGAUGAUACUGGAUGAAUUGGAACUUGGGUAUAUGGAAAGCUGCAGUAAGGACUUUUAUAGCAGAAAUCUUGGAGCUUUGAUUAGGUGCACAAGGGACUUUGUAAAGGUCACAGUUUCUUUGAAACAAAUUCUAAUGUGAAUGGAUGUUAUCUAAAACUUCUAGAUGCCUGAAAUGCAUGAUACUCACAUAUGUUUCAGGCAAGUACUUCACA